ACUACGAAAGAAACGCCGGUUAGCUCCAUUUUACCAGCGCGAACUCCAAAACCCGCUUUAAACCCCCAAAAAUAAUUCCGCCGCCGUCUCCGUUAUCUUCCUCCUCCUCCUCCUUCCGCCGGCGACUGCGGAGAAGCUCGCCAACGCACGCCUCGGCCGCAGAUUUGACCCGUAAGUUUCGCACUCUUUCUUCUUUCGGUAUCUUUCUCCCUAGGGAUAUUUCUAGCACGAAGAAAUGAAACGGGGGAACUCGAGAUAUAGCGUUUGAACUCAAGCACUGUAAAUUUCCUGCGGAAGCUCGACAAUGGAGUUUAUCUGUUCUGUGAGCUUAUAACUUGUAGGUGCUCUCUAGGAUCUAAGUGUUUGAAUGAAACGAUUUUCUAUUUUCAGAAGGGUGUGAAGGAGAUUCAACCUUUGGGUUUGGAAUGAACUGCUUGUCUAGGUUAUCUGCAUACUCCGCAACCAUCUUUGGAAGGUCGACCAGCCAUUUCAUUGUCAAGGGCACCUGGAGUCAGUGUUCAAGCCCCAUUUGGAAACACAGCUUUGAGCUUAGUUCCGUUAGAACUGGGAACCCGAAAUUCGUCUUUCCCAAGUUCGCCACCCGGUGCUACUCAUCCGAGAAGCCCAAAUCGAAAACUCCGCGGAAAAGGAAGUCGUUAGAGCAGAAAGAACCAGAUAUGGAGAAAGAUUCUUUCUUUGUGGUGAGGAAGGGGGAUGUUGUUGGUGUGUACAAGACUUUUAAUGAGUGUCAGGCUCAAGUUGGAUCUUCAAUAUGUGACCCUCCUGUGAGCAUUUACAAAGGGGAAUCAUUACCGGAUGAAACCAAAGAGUACCUUGCAACUUGUGGGCUUCAGAAUGCUAUAUACACUAUUCGAGCUCAAGAUUUGAAGCCUGACCUCUUUGGCACUCUUGUACCUUGGCCAUUUCAGCAACCUGGUCAGUCCACCGAACAUAUCGAUGCCAGGGAUGACAAAAAGAGAACCCUAGAUAUGAUGAUACCACAACCAGCGGAAGCAGGUGGAACAACCACAUUGAGUAUAGCUGAUCCCUCAAAGAAGGCUGUCCGAUUGGAUUAUCAAAUGGCUACUCCGAUACGUUCUCUUGGUUAUGACCCGGAAUUUUGUACCCUCGCGUUUGAUGGUGCUUCAAGAGGAAACCCUGGGCCCGCAGGAGCUGGAGCUGUUCUACGGACAAGUGAUGGAACUUUGAUCUGCCGGUUGCAAGAAGGAUUAGGCAACAAGACUAAUAAUGUGGCUGAGUAUAGAGCUGUACUUCUUGGAAUGAGAUAUGCUCUCCAGAGGGGCUAUCGAAAAAUAAGCAUACAAGGCGACUCCAAGCUCGUGUGCUCUCAGGUUGAUGGUACAUGGAAGGUCAAGCAUGCUGGCAUGGCCGAAUUAUGCGAUAAGGUCAAAGAGCUUAAGGACAGAUUCGUCUCAUUCGAGAUUAACCAUGUUCUGAGGGAAUUCAACGCGGAAGCUGAUGUUCAGGCGAAUCUUGCUGUCAAUCUUCGUGAGGGAGCAGUUCAGGAGGUUUACGAAUAGCAGCAUAGCUACUUACACAUAAAGCUUGUUUCUUCUUCUACCUGGUUUUCUCGCUUACCUGCCAUUAUCCCAGCGACUGAAAUAGUCAAAGAUAUUCGACAUUCCUGAUGGGUAGAGAGGCCUCACAUUCAGCACGAGAGAUGUCGAAAGAGGCCAGUUUUUGCAAUGUGAUUUCCAGUGCCCAUGCAGGUUUGAACAACUUAUUAUAAACUCUCAGAAUAUGAACUAUAUACCUUUUGAUGCUUGCAUAGCCAUUUUGGAUACCAUCGAACUUGCCAUAUUUUUUCAAACCUAUAGAAAGUAAAAUCAAGCUAACUUUUCAUCAAACCCCUACUAGGAUGAUGAUAGUUGAAGGAUACUAAGCUUUUUUGCGACGGACAUAUCAAAACAUUACCUAAGCUUUGAUAAUGGCCAUAAUGACCUCAUAUGAUCUCUUAUUACCGUCUUUGAAAAAGGUAGUCAUACUAGGCCUUGUAAGGGAAAUGAGUAAAAAGAUGCAUAUUUGGAUCUCUCUUUGACAGCUAAAGGUAUCAUAAUGAAUCGGUUCUCGACAUGAUUUCAGAGCUUUGGAUAAAGAGGUAUAUGUUCGAAUUUUCAAUUGAUAUUCAACAAUCAGUCUGAAUUUUCUGGACAUAAACUUACUCCGUCCAAAGUGCUUAUGACGAAACAUGGCCAAACUGUUGUCGCGAUUCGGUUACUAUGGAUUGUGGGUCUUAGAUGGAUGGUUUAGCAUACAAUAUGGGAGUCAUGAAGUCGGCUGAGUUAUUGUAGGUUGUGAGUUAUAAAUUGGUGAUGGUGCAUACAACUUGAAAGAUCGUUAUGGAUUGUGUCAGAAGAGGAGCCAUUCAUACCAAUAUGGUCAUUGUACGGUCAAUCAAGGAACCAUGCGAUCUUAAUAUUUUUUUUGUCAAAUACAUAACAGCAGAAAAACGUGUGCAAUUGUCUCUUGUCUCAUUACGAGGUCAAGUAUUACCCAACCGAAUAUCGAUCGAAUGGAUUGGAUUGAACCAAAACUAAUAUGUGCAACUUGGAAUUGUCAUCCCAAUGUAUGAUUACUCACAACUCACAAGACGAUGAUUAACACCACCCAAUCAAACAAAGAUUAGGGCAUCCAUCCACAACCUAUAUUUAGAAUAUUCAUAGAAUCACAAAAGUGAUUACAGGGUGGAUACACUCAUACACAUGUAACCAUAAUUUUACCCGCAAAAGAAAUAAAUGGGAAAACUGAAAGGAUUGUUUGUGGCCAUCCAUAUAACUUUAUGUAGAUCAAUACCAUAAUAAGUUGUCAGCAUGUCUGUCUGUCUCUCUGUCCCAUAACCCCCCUUCCACUCCCUAAUUAGUUUAAUUUCAAUUGAUUUCCCCCAAACCUAAUUUUUUUUCCUAUGUAACAAAACUAAGGAGUUGUUUGUUUGUGUGCAAGAAGAAAAUGAAAUAGCCGUGCUACACGUGACCGACAAAAAAGAAAGAGAAAUAAACGACAUAUUGUUCACCACCGCAACAUAGCUAAGUUUCGCUAAUUAACAAAUUCAACGCAUUCCAACAUAGUGACUUAUUUGAGAGAGGGGGGGGGGGGAAUGAUGGAUAAUCUAAUGAACCGGUCGAGUAAUCGAGCGAGAUUGGACCUGUUUGGCUUGAAUUCAUGGGGUUGUCAAUUGUGUCACUUGGAUGAGUUCUUCGGAGUUAUAAACGUUGAUAAAUGGUCUUAGUGAAACUAAUCAAAAGUUACUUGUAUACCAAAAAAACACCAUCAACUCCAUUUUUACCACGAGUAAACAAUCAAUACACAUCACGAGACUUCCCACACUUAAGCUGAAUCAAACUUUCAAAAUCGG